GCUCCACCGUGUCUGGGGCUCAGCAAGAGCUGUGAGAGGCUGUUAUUUAGGUCUGUUACAGCAGACAGGGAGCAGCUCACCCAAGGGCAGGGGGGAGAGUAGAGAGUCACAGUCACGUUUAGCUCAACUCAGCUCAGCUCAGCUCAGUCAGCCAGGCAGGAACCAGAUCUGCAUUCCAUCUGAGAGGGAAACGAGCAGGAAAGGACAGCAGAGAGAGAGAGAAACAGAGCGAGACGGUGACAGUGAGAGACGAGUGAAGACGGCAGAUCCAGCGAGCUGUUGCUGCUGAUUGUUGUUGUCACUGCUUCAGUGGCUGACGUGAGCGGUAGACGCAGGUUAGGCACAGGGAGGACAGAAAGCUUGUAGUGAUUUUUGCUGUGGGUGGGGGGGGGCUGCCAUGUUUGACUGUAUGGAGGCUCUGGGAAUGGGCCCCCGUCAGCUCUAUGAUGUCACCAGCCGCGGUGCAUGCAUGCUACGGAAGGCUAGCCCCUUCUUUGGGGGGCUGAACCCCUUUGCUUGGACGGGCACUGCCAGCAUUCAAUCGGUGGAGACCCAGAGCACCAGCUCAGAGGAGAUGGUACCCAGUUCUCCGUCUCCACCUCCCCCACCUCGUGUCUACAAACCCUGUUUUGUGUGCCAGGACAAGUCCUCGGGGUACCACUACGGGGUCAGCUCCUGUGAGGGCUGUAAGGGUUUUUUCCGCCGCAGUAUCCAGAAGAACAUGGUGUACACCUGCCACAGAGACAAAAACUGUCAGAUUAACAAGGUCACACGCAACCGCUGCCAGUACUGCAGGCUGCAGAAAUGCUUCGAGGUCGGCAUGUCCAAGGAAGCGGUGCGUAAUGACCGAAACAAGAAGAAGAAGGAUGUGAAGGAGGAGGUGGUGCUUCCUGAGAGCUAUGAGCUAAGCGGAGAGUUAGAGGAGUUGGUCAAUAAAGUCAGCAAAGCUCACCAAGAAACCUGCCCGUCACUUUGCCAGUUGGGCAAAUACACCACCAACUCCAGUGCAGAGCACCGUGUCCAGCUGGAUCUGGGUCUAUGGGACAAGUUCAGUGAGCUGUCCACCAAAUGCAUCAUCAAGAUUGUGGAAUUUGCCAAACGGCUGCCAGGAUUCACCACCCUCACCAUCGCAGAUCAGAUCACUCUACUUAAGUCAGCCUGCUUGGACAUACUGAUGCUGAGGAUCUGUACACGCUACACCCCAGAGCAGGACACUAUGACCUUCUCAGAUGGUCUGACUCUGAACCGGACUCAGAUGCACAAUGCUGGCUUUGGACCACUCACAGAUUUGGUGUUUUCCUUUGCUGGCCAACUUCUGCCUCUGGAAAUGGACGACACAGAAACUGGCCUCCUCAGUGCCAUCUGCCUCAUCUGUGGAGACCGUAUGGAUCUAGAAGAGCCCCAGAAGGUGGAUAAACUACAAGAGCCUCUACUUGAGGCUCUGAAGAUCUAUGCUCGCCGCCGUCGUCCCAAUAAACCCCACAUGUUCCCCCGUAUGCUGAUGAAGAUUACUGACCUCAGAGGCAUCAGCACCAAGGGUGCUGAGAGAGCCAUCACUCUGAAAAUGGAGAUCCCGGGGCCCAUGCCUCCUUUGAUCAGGGAGAUGCUUGAGAACCCCGAAGCUUUUGAAGACCAAACAGAGUGCAACGACAGCCCGCCGCCUCCGCUGCCGCCGCCGCCUCCACCAGCAGCACCGGUCCUGAAGCAGGAAGCCGAGGACGAGGACGACAGCUGGGCCACAGAAAACAACAGCGAGCCUUCACCAGAAGAGGAGGACGAGGACGAUGACGACGAUGUGGGAGAUGAAGAGCGAGACAGAGGCUCGGACAGUGACGGGGAGUCCUGGGGGGUUCUGGAUGCCAUAGAUGGGUCGAGGAAAGGCCUUUUUGGGAGGGCCCAGUGAACAGAGCAUUUCACAAACACACACACACACACAAACACACACACACAUACGCACACACACUACAGACGUACAGCACAACCUCACUUAUCCUCUCACCUCAAGAAGAUGCUGGCCCUCCCUCCUUCUCUCUCUUUACUGCACAUCACUGUGUCCUCCUCAGUGGAACACAGCAGAGCCUUAUGUGUACAGACACUUCUAACUCAGGCCACACGGUCCAUGACAAGUGAACUACAGAAAACUAAAGAGAGAUGACAAUAAACCGUAUGAACUCCUGGCACAGCCAAGAGGGAAGUUAAUGUGACAAAAAAAAAGAACAUAACCUCUUUGAGAAAGUUAAAUGUCUCCAUUUUUCUGCUAUUGUUUUGUCGCUAUCUCAAUUUGGGAAAAGGCCAAACCAGUCAACAGAACUGUGCAGUUAAUUCUAAAGGAUUUUUCAAUAAGCACAUUUCUCGAAAGAAAGAGAAUACAGGGCAAAACCAAAUUGAGUAUGCUAAUCCUGUGUUUUGUUUUUUUUUGUUUCUUGUUUUUAGUCUUUCUUUUUUUUCAAUUUAUGAAUAAGUCCAUACAUAUCUAUAUACCAUUAUAUUUUGUCUUUAUUUGUUAUUCUGGUUUUAUAUAUAUGAACAAGACAAGUUGUUGUUUGUUUGUUUUUUUUCUUUGAAGAGCUUUCCUGAGACGAUAUUAAGAGGGAAAGAAGGGUAAUCAGAACUGGCUGGGUCUUCCUCAUCAGCUGCAUAUGCUUGGCUGGGGCUUUUUUUUGGGCACUUUGACUCACUGUGGAUGUCAAUGAUAAUCAACCCCCCCUCCCCCCCCCCGAGGACUAUUGUUAUGUUGCAGUAACUACAUCAGUUUCUGUUAUCAGGGAAUUGGCAUUAUUCUAUUUUGCUCUUGUUGCAGCCAACAUAACUCAUGUUGAACGCAAGUAUCUUCGUGCCAAAGUUAGGAAGAGUCAUGUUUGGAACAUGAUGUUCCAACUACUGGCAGGGUCUCCGCUCUCCAGCCAUGACACAGUGAUCCUCAUAGCAGAAUGCUCACUCGCGCAUGCACUCGUACAGAACACCAUUGAUCUCAUGCACAGUAUAUACUGUGCAUAUGGAAACAAAUAUGCAGACACAUUCGCUCUACCCUCAGCUGUAGCAGAUGUCCACAUUGGCCUUGAGUGCCCGACUCAGAGAUUUACACUUGACCGUAUAUGUAGCACUUUUGUGAUCCUCUAUUCAAGCAAGGCACAUCUCGUCUGCUGAGAGUGGAAUCACUGUCGAUGAGCUCAUAUCUCUCUCCGUUAGCAUGUCACAAAUGAGGACAACAUCAGUAUAUUAUACAAUCAACCCUUGAGCACUCCCGGGUGAUGUCCGCAGACAAAUACACAUCCACACGUUCGAGCACGGACGAAAAGAAUCCACACGUAGUAGCAACAUUAUGCAUUAACAUAAUGAUCAAAGACAAUAUGCAAGUGGAAAGCAGGAAUCCUUAUGGAAGACAUUUUGGAAUCAGACUCAGGGCUUUUCAGUAAGGACCAAACCAUAGCUGCUUUCAGGCAGGCUAGUAACAGGCAAUAUUUAUGUGUGUGUUCUUGACUCCCUUUUGAUCAACUCCACCCCGCUGCGUGUACAUGGAAGGUGACCGGUCUGAAAAACAGUAUGGAUGCCAGUUGGACUCUCCCAGAGGGGAGGGGCCAACUCAUCAUCUUCGCUGACGUCGUCACUGCCCUGCCUGUGCGUUGUGCUGGCAUCCAUGCGACAAAGCCACCUUCUCAUCCCAAAAGCCAUUAUAUCAUUUUGUCUUCUUGUGUAUAUCGUUCCUUCUCUUUAAACGGAGGUGUGGAGGACUGUGUGUGUUCUCAUGUAUGAUUUCUUGUUUGUUUGUUUUUUUUUUUGCCAAAAUGUCUCAGUAGGUGGUCAGCUGAUGGAGAUCAGCUGAUCUACGGAACAGAGUUGUUGUUUUUUUUUUUCUUUUUUUCUUUCUUUGAAGCAAUAUGAACGUUCUCUCUGUUGCAGUAAGAGGUCCCAUCUUCAGAACAUGAGAUUUGUUUGUUAGUGUGCGUGUGCGUGUGCGCGCGCGUGCGUGCGUGCGUGUGUGUGUGUGUGUGUGAGCGUGUGCAUGUGAAUGCAGUAACCUGUUUUCAGUCAUCGGGUGAAUGUCCUUGGUUUGGUGCUGUCACACAGAGAGUCUCGUGUGAUGACCUCAUCCUCUGUCUCUGCUGUGCUGUCAAGAUAUUAAUGAUGGUAAUCCGGGCAGAAUAUCGAGAUUAUGUUGUUUUUGUUUUUGUUUCUCAACAUGGCCAAGGUGUUGUCUACCCCUCUGUUUAUGUCAACUUUUGUCAUACAAAGAAAAGCCAUAUAAACAGUAAGAGGCACAAUAAACUACUUUUGUGAGA